UUCCAUGCAUCAUCUUCUUCAUUGAUCUUCACAACAAGCAGCCUACUUUAGCUUCUGCAAAUUAAUUAAGCAAAAAUGGCAGCACUGCAUAAGACCUCCUCCUCAGUACUGUCUCUCCUAGUUUGUUUCACGAUCAUCGUCCUGGCAUUAGAGUUCCACCCCUCUCGGGCCCAGAACUCCCCGCAAGACUACCUCGACGCCCACAACUCGGCUCGUUCCGAGGUGGGCGUCGGACCCAUGGUUUGGAACGACACGGUGGCCGCCUAUGCUGAAAGCUACGCCAACCAGAGGAGCGCCGACUGCGCUCUGAUUCACUCCUCCAAUAGUCCGUACGGCGAGAACCUCGCCGUCAGCGACGCCGAUGAGUUCACCGCCGUGGAAGCCGUGAACCUCUGGGUGGAGGAGAAGGCCUACUACGACUACGGCUCGAAUUCUUGCGCCCAAGGUAAGGUGUGCGGGCACUAUACGCAGGUGGUGUGGAGAAAUUCCGUCCGGCUCGGCUGCGCUAGGGUUCAGUGUAGUGCCGGCGAGUGGAAGUGGUUCAUCAUUUGCAGCUAUGAUCCCGCCGGCAAUGUCUCCGGCCAACGCCCUUACUAGAUACACACACACAUAUAUAAUGAUAUAAAUAAAAGUUGUACUUGCGGUUGCAGUUGGUUUACUUCAACUGGAUCCUGCAAUUGGCACUGUGUUGUGCUCUUCAGUCUUUGCAUUUCGGAUGUAUUUGUUUCUUUCCCUUGGGAUAAAUAAAACACAUGCAUUUGAUUUAGCCA